AUGGCGGCCGAACCGUCCCAUCGAGGAAAGGCGGCGGUCAGCGGCCGUGAAGAAGACUUUGGAAGAUAUUCAACGCCAAAAAAGAGGCAAUGUAGACCUUUGCAACGUCAUUACCUCACUGUCAUCCUGGCUUUGCUCAUCGUCUUCGCCUGCCUUCAAUCCCCCCUUCUCGUUGCUGCUCAACAGGAGGGUCGGACAUGUACACUGGAGGACGGGAGAGUGUUGCAGCCAGGGGAAGUGAUGUACCAGGCGCGCUCGUGCACAGUCUGCACCUGCAACGGCGACACUGGCGAGGUGGUCUGUGAGCGCCAGACUUGCCCCGCUCUUGACUGUGGCCCCGAGGGCACUCAGCCCGCCGAACCCGGCGAGUGCUGUCCUCGUUGCCGACCCAUUCUUCUAAUUCACUGUCAGGUACGAACAACACCGAUGAGCACACCUCGUACCUAUACUAGGGAGGUGACGACGGAGCCUACGACAAACCCCACUACCACCACCACGCCAAGACCUACGCCACCACCGAUUAUGGGACCCCCAGGACCCCCAGGACCUCCAGGACCUCCGGGACCUCCUGGUCCUCCUGGCGACCCCGGAAUGGAUGGGGAACACGGCGUUCCUGGUCCACCUGGACCUCGUGGCCCGCCACCACCAGAACUGGAAGAUUACUUAAAGCGUCAGCGUGCCAUGACCAAAGGUCCAGACGCCAGAGAAGUUUCUGCAUACCAAGAACUUCAGCUUACUUCCGGUCCGCCGGGAGAGCAAGGCGUUCAGGGUCCUGCCGGCCCGGUCGGUAUUCCUGGUCCUCCGGGUCCAACCGGGUCAGUAGGAGACAUUGGCCUUGCCGGUCCAACGGGCUCUCGGGGUCCACCCGGACCCAUGGGCGAGUUGGGCGCUGAGGGAGAGCCCGGUCGAAAUGGGAUUAAGGGUCCACGUGGCCCGAUGGGUCCAGUCGGUCUCCCUGGAGAUCCAGGACCCAAGGGCCCUACAGGAAUGCGCGGCGAGAUGGGGGAACCCGGCAAUCCCGGUCCUAAGGGUAAAGCUGGAGACCAGGGAAGAAGGGGUCUAACCGGACCUAUGGGACCUAAGGGUGCUAUCGGUCUUCGUGGACCUCUAGGAAAACCUGGACCUCGUGGUGUUUCAGGACCCCAAGGGCCCAGGGGCGUUGACGGACCUACCGGUGCUCAAGGUCCUACCGGUGAGCGUGGUGAGCAGGGAAUGAUGGGUCCAAUGGGCUUUCAAGGUCCGGAAGGACCUAAGGGUGUCCCAGGUCCAAUCGGUCCCAAGGGAGAACCCGGCUUUCAGGGUCCGCCUGGAGCUCGUGGUCUUCCAGGUCUUACUGGUCCACCUGGAAAGCAAGGAAAAAUGGGGCCGUCUGGUAUUCGAGGCGUGAAGGGUGAGAUCGGUUCCCGAGGUCGUAUGGGACCUCUUGGAGGCAUGGGUCCCCGAGGCUUCCCAGGCGCUGACGGUGAGGAGGGACCCCCUGGAGCAAAGGGUCCUGAAGGUGCCCAAGGUCUUCAGGGAUCUCAGGGUCAGCCAGGUCCUGAGGGUCUCAAGGGUCCUCCUGGGGAACAAGGACCACCCGGACCCCAGGGUCCUACUGGAAAACGUGGCCCACGGGGAGACAUUGGCCCGAUGGGACCGAAGGGCUUUAUUGGUCCUCGUGGAUUGCCGGGGUCCAGAGGUCCCCCUGGUCCUGAGGGUCCAGCUGGACCCAUUGGUAUGAUUGGCGAUGCUGGUCCUGCUGGACCUGUCGGGCAAAAGGGACAUAUUGGUGACCCCGGUCCAGCUGGUCCACGAGGUCGGACAGGCUUCAGGGCAAGUUGUCUAGGUCCACGUGGUAAACGCGGAGCUGAAGGUCCUAGCGGCGAGCCAGGUCCAAAAGGUCCAGUAGGAGCUCCCGGUAAGCCAGGCAUCGGUGGUCCCCAGGGCCCUCAGGGUCCAAUAGGUCCUCAAGGAGCACAAGGCGCCCGUGGUCCGCCUGGGCCGAUUGGUAAAACGGGUGAAGUGGGGCCUGUGGGUCAGCGCGGCCAGCAAGGCGACCGAGGAGCAAGAGGUGAGGCAGGUCCUGUUGGUCCCCACGGACCUCCCGGUGCCAAGGGAGCUCGCGGUCCUGGUGGCAAACGCGGUCCUAUGGGACCUGAAGGCCGCGCUGGACAGCAAGGUCCUGAAGGAAGUGUGGGUAAACAAGGUGACCCUGGCCAACCUGGUGAGGCUGGAGACGUGGGUCCCAGAGGUCCGGCGGGCGAGCGGGGAGCACCGGGUCCGAUGGGGGCCAUGGGUUCAGCCGGUGUCCGUGGUGAACGCGGUCCUGCUGGGGACACUGGUCCCGAUGGACUUGUCGGUGAACGCGGGGAGAAGGGUGCAAUGGGCGAAGUGGGUGCCAUCGGCGUGGCUGGACCACCCGGUAACAUUGGUCACACUGGUCGUCGUGGGCCCACCGGUUCCAUCGGUCCAGUCGGUCCUCGUGGUAACCCUGGUCCUCGCGGUCCUACUGGAGAACGGGGUGAUGAUGGCCCAGUCGGACCUCAGGGUCCUCAAGGCCGUCCGGGACACAAGGGUCUUCCUGGUGGUCUUGGCAAUCCUGGUGAUGAGGGCAUGCCUGGCGAUCAAGGCGAACAGGGUCCGAUAGGUGAAAUCGGUCCUCCUGGUCCCUCUGGAUCACCGGGUGAAGUGGGUCCCAAAGGAAUAAAGGGUGACAGAGGGCGUCGUGGUCGACGCGGUGAAACUGGCGACACGGGACCAGUUGGCCCCAUCGGCAGACCAGGUCAGAAGGGUCUCCAAGGCAUGCAGGGUCGCGAAGGCGAUCGUGGAUUGCCGGGUGAGAUCGGUGACAUCGGUGAAACCGGUCCAAUGGGUGAGGGCGGUCCUCCAGGUUCGACUGGUGAACCCGGGCCGGUUGGCCUAAUUGGGCCUGUGGGACCUCCUGGUCCUAAAGGUGAUCCUGGUGAUAUAGGUCCUGUUGGUCCACCUGGUGUUGAUGGCGAUCCAGGAGAAGAUGGUCCUGAGGGUCCCAGAGGAAUGCGUGGAGAAACUGGACCUCCUGGCAAUCUUGGAACCAUUGGACCUGUAGGCUUGAUGGGUCCACAAGGAAGAACAGGCCCCAUUGGUCCAGCUGGUCCUCCUGGUGAAAUGGGAAAAAUGGGAGCCACUGGUGCUGAAGGACCUCGCGGGCCCCGCGGCCGUCAAGGUUCCACUGGGCCCAUUGGGAAGACAGGUGCUCCUGGCCCCACUGGACCCCGCGGUGACAUCGGCCCAACAGGAUUGGAUGGCGAACGCGGUAUUCAAGGUCCAGCAGGUCAACAGGGUCCUCCCGGCCCCCCAGGUGAAGCUGGACCACAGGGUCAUAUAGGAAUGCCAGGCAUUGCAGGGCCUCGAGGUCCACGUGGACCAACGGGACCAAAGGGAGAACCUGGGCCGGUUGGUAAGCGCGGAGAACCCGGUUUUCAGGGAGUUAGAGGCGAACCAGGAGAACCUGGUGAGCCUGGAGAUGUUGGACCUAGGGGUGUUCGCGGUGAUCCUGGACCACCCGGAGAGACUGGCCCUCAGGGCAACAUGGGCAUGAUGGGUCAAGACGGUGAACGCGGUCCUAUGGGCUCACCUGGUAGAGAGGGUUCUGUUGGUGUUCAAGGGCCUCAGGGCCCUGCUGGUCCACGGGGUGACAAUGGGCCAAAGGGUGCUGUGGGACCUCCUGGGCCUCCAGGACCACAGGGUCCAGCUGGUCCAGUUGGUUUGCGAGGUGAAGAAGGCCCGCCGGGCGAAGAUGGUCCUCCUGGCCCGCAGGGUCCUCCGGGUCCACCUGGAGACUUUGACACGGCCUUCCAGGGCAUCUUCAGACGUCCAGAGAGUGACGGCUUUAUGAAUGACGAGGGUUACAACAUUGACAGUGAUGUACCGUUUGAGGAUAGAAUGCAAGGAGAUGCGCCCGAGCCUGACGAAUAUAACAAGAACGUGGACGCCUUCACAGCACUGACGAGCGUCUCCAACCUUAUCGACCGUCUUUAUAAAGCUUCCGGCACUCAGCGUUACCCUGCUCUGAGUUGCGCUGACCUUCUUCUGCAUUUGCCUGAUGCUGGUGAUGGUAAGGUCUUUCUCACAUGUACCCCACUGGAUCAUCAUCAAAUGAUCAUUUAA